AUGGGUGACCUUAUAUCGCAUGUGUGUAUGCAUGAGCCUCAUGGAGGGGCGGUUCUCGAAGCACUUCUCAGAGAUCGCUCUAUAGCUGCACCCUUGCUCCCUGAAGUUGAUUGCAAUGACCUCCUGGCUGUUGGCAUCUGGUAUAUUUGGUGGGAGCGAAGGAAGGCUGCUCAUGGGGAACCGGUACAAAAUACUGCAAGAACGGCGCAAUCAAUUUAUGCGUUGUCUUUAAGCUAUUCAAGAGCAAAGAAGAAGAAAACAGAUGGAAUCAGGCAUAGGUGGUCUAAACCAAAGGAGGAUUUUGUUAAACUCAACGUGGAUGCAGGGUUCUGUGAAGAUUCUGGUACGGGUAGCACUGGUGCCAUCCCGAGGGAUGAUCGUGGAGCCUUUCUGGCGGCGAGCUCUUCUGGUAUCCCUUUUAUUUCGGAUCCUGCGUCGGCGGAGGCGAGAGCUUUGCGUGAUGGUCUCCUAUUGGCGGCACAAAUUGGAUGCAACAGGUUGGAAGUGGUCUCUGAUUGCUUGGAAGUAGUUGAAAUCAUGAAACAAGGAGGAAAUUCCUUGGGACCUGCUGCAGCUAUUUAUGAGGAAUGUACCAUGCUUUGUAGGGGUUUCACGGAGGUUGAAUUCUCACAUAGUCCUAGGGAGGCUAAUACUGUAGCGCAUGAACUAGCUAGACAUUCAGGGGGAGCAGAGUCAAUUGUGUGGCUGGAUGAUCCCCCUGAUUUCAUUCUUAGUGCGCUUGCGGAUGAUGUAUCUAUUCUGUAA